UGCCUGGUUAUGUUUCGCUCCUUUUUCAGAUAUCCUACCACCGUGCUGCUUUACAUAUGUUUUGAGAGAAUUUGUCGUCAUAGCAACUUAAGUAACACAUAACUAGAAUGAUUUUAUUAUUUCUCAAUUUAACAUAGGCUAAUUGUAAUUGAAUAAAGUGCACAUUUUACUCAUUACAUGCAUUGAACUGAAUGUGUUUGUUGCUUUGGAGCACAUAGCCUGAGUAUUUUUCUAAUGAAGUAUUUAAUGUUCUUGUGGCGGCACUCUCUGGAUGACCGGGGCGUCCCGGGGUUCAUGACGUAAUGGGACCACGGAACGCUGCAAAGCGCGCAUUCAUCUGCCUGUUGUGAUGCGGUCCGGCAUGAGGACUUCCAGAAGAAGUAGCGGAUUUUGAAACUUUCUGUCUGCUACUCUAUCCGGCUAAAUAGCACUUCUGCUAGAGUCCUGAGUUCUGAGGGAAAUAUGGCUUUUUAAUCGUGACAUCCCUCAAAAAAGUGGGACAGCCUUGCAUUUGCAAAAACACUUUCAACCAACCAAAUACUUCUGAAUUAUGGGGCCUUCAAGUUUUCCACCAUCUCUGUCCACUGUGACGCUGUACGGCAAGUACUACACAGUUUGUGCCUUUCAACAUUUAAAUCGAAGUAGAAUCCACGAUGUCGGCAUCGAUCCUUCGCAAGAAAAAUCCUGCGAUUUGCAUGGGCGCCCUCAGCAUCGCUCCUCUCCAACUGGCUGGCCUUAGCCAAUCAGGAUACAGGAAGGGGGCGGAGUUAAGAGAGAGGCAGAACUUAAUUGGUGAUGGUCACACGGAUUGGAUGACAGAGAAAGUUGAUUUGUCCUCAUUUGUUUCAACGACUACCGGGUCAUCUCCUCGCUCAUCCCUCCCGCCCUCGCCGCUCCAACACGAUGUCAAGGUGCCCUCUGAUCUGGAGGUCAUGACCUCUCUACUGCAGGAGGAGCUGGCUCAACUGGAGGACUACUUCCGUUCAGAGUCGUCUUCCGCAACGGCCAAGUUGGACAAAUCUUCAAAAUGUGACAAGGGGGUCCCGGCCAUGGGCACCCAGUCCUACUACCAGCUACCCUACGCCUCCUAUGGGGCCGGUCAGUCAGACGCCAGCCCCGUGGUUGUUACCUUGGCAACAGGGGAAUUGGACCUGGCCAGCUUUUGCAGCAACCCCAUAGGCAGAACCAAAAUAGCACGUCCGGCGCCGUACAACUACCACCACCGGUACCACCACCACCACCACACCAACGGACGGAGGGGCGAGCCGGGGAAGCUGGGCGAGGACGUGGGACUGGACACAUGGGGGUCCAGGGGGGGCUACUCAGGGAGUGCGGACUUGUCUGUGAACCACUAUUCCACGCUCAAGCCGGUGGGUAAGAACAGUGUGGUGGGUGUGAAGAAGGUGAGGGAAUGUGCUUUAUCGCUGAAGGAGGAGGAGAGCUACUGCUUCAGCGAGGGGAUGUUCUGCAGCGAGGAGAUCGCGAGGGGCUUCUGCCACGGGGGCUCCUCGUCCUACGGCGACGGCCACCACAAGAGAGAGCUGGGCCCGUCCAUGCUGGGCUCCAAGGGGAGCGGAGGGUACGAGGGUGGCGGCGGGCUGGAGGUUCUCCACGGCAGCAGGGACGGCCGGCUCUCCGGGGGGCCCCUGGCCCAAGAGACAAUGGGGGUAGCGGGCGACGGCUACUACCACCAAGCCAUGGUCGGCGCAGAGCCUUACCACAGCUUCAUCGGCGACCUGGACCAGCCCUCGCAAGCCUCGCACGCCCUUGACUCCCCGCACGGCCACUACCUCUACCCUGAUUGCCUUCCGGACCAAAGCUAUGAAUGUCUCUCCCGAGGGGAGUGUGAGGCACCGCUGGUGGGGGGCUCAGCCCUCCACCGGCCCCACUCCCAGAGGCUGAAGCACGAGGUCUGCUCCGUCAAGCCCCCUCUGGUGUUAGGGGUGGGGUUGGGUGUGGGGGUGGGGGUGGUGCCCCUGGAGGGAGGCACCGGAGAGAGGAAGCAGAAGAAGAGGGACCAGAACAAGACAGCUGCUCACAGGUACAGGCUGCGGAAGCGGGCGGAGCUGGACUCCCUGGAGGAGGAGCUCCACGGACUGGAGGGCCAGAACCGGGAGCUGAGGGACAAGGCCGAGUCGGUGGAGCGGGAGAUCCAGUACGUCAAGGACCUGCUGAUCGAGGUGUACAAGGCACGCAGCCAGCGCCUCAAACAGGACAGCACCUGACCACGCCCCCUGACCACGCCCCCCCCCCCCCCCCCCACCCGACCGCCGCCGGCCCCCAGAGCACCCAUCGUCCUGGCAACCAGCACUGCAUCAUGGACCACAGCCACGCCGAUGGCCUCCUUUCCUUUUCAUUCAAUAAAAUAAGCGGUAGUUGUGCAUGAUUUCUGGUCGUUUUCUAAAUAUUGAAUUUGAAGAAAUGGAAGAAUUUGCUUUAGGAUCACUCUCCAGAGGAUUGCAAACAUAUGACAUUCAUGCGAAUACGUGAAUUUACCCAUGCCACCUGCCCACCCAACAAGCGUACACAUGCACACACACACAUCCCACAACUGAGAGGGUGGCUGGACUGUACAGCAGGCCCCCGUGGGGGCCUUGCAGGAGAUGAGAUGCUGAACUGUACUGCAGGCCUCUAUGUGGGGUCUUGCAGGAGAUGAGAUGCUGAACUGUACAGCAGGCCCCAGUGGGGGGUCUUGCAGGAGAUAAGAUGCUGAAUUGUCCGUGACCACUGUGAUCCAAACUGCAGCCUUGGAACGCCUGAGUUUGAGCACUAGCAAUGAUUGACCGUUGACGCAGCAUUGUUUGACUGACGGUGUGAAGGAGUUUGCUUGUGAUUUCGUGACAUGCAUUGGCAACAAUCAAAUCAGUCCCAUAAUAUCAUGCAAUAUUUAUUUAAUGUUUAUAUUAUUAUCAUUUUUUUAUUUAUGUAUCAUUUGCUUUCAACAGUUCUGAACAUUAUUGAAUAAAGAUAAACCUUUUUUUAAUGUUAUAUACAAAUAUUUAUGAUUAAAUGUUGCAAAGGAAACAUUAUAAAUUGAUAUGGUUAAAGUAUUUACACUUCUUUAACCUGCUGAACUACCCGAUGCAUGUCUGAUUUUGGUAAAGCAUGUGUGAUUGUUAUUUGAUCAAGGCAAUAUUUUGUUAACUGCAUGGCUUUAAGAUCACCACACUGUCAAUUUACUGAUUUUAAUCCCCACAAAAAAUCCAUGCUCAGGUUUUGCUAUUUGAUUUCAGACAAAGUAUAAUCAUGGCUUUUUUUCUCUCCCCCUCUGUUUCUCUUCUUCUGUUUCUCUGCCUCUGUUUCUCUCCCUCUUUUUCUCUUCCUCGGUUUCUCCCUCUGCUCCCCUUCCUCUGUUUCUCUCCCUCUCUGACCCCCCCCCCCCCCCCCUCUCUCUCUCAGCUGUAUUUGCGAUAAAACAAUCAGCUGUUGACGCAACAAUAAAUAGUUGUUGAGUUAUGGUACGACUUCAUGCAGUUGUGUUUCCAAAUUGUUCAAUGUGACUGAAAUUCAGGGCCUGUCGGCGAUGUCAAUGUCAGGAAAUUACACAUCAGGUAAACGGCAGCCAAAUAAAAACCACCUAUGUCGUACCAUGGA